AACUAUGAAACAAAGAAAAAUAAAAACCCACAAACUAUCGACAACCAGACAACGCACUCUUCAACCGGACUAGAAAUAAAAACUAGUGCGGAGACAGAGACAACAGAGGAUUCGACCACAUCCAAAGAUGAGGUUCAAACAACGACAGAUGAAUCAUCUACUGAGGCAAUUCCAGAAGAAAGUACUACGGCUUCACAGGGUUCUUCAUCUGCUCCUUCUGCGACAACGACGGCAGAGGAUUCCACCACAGCAGAGGAUGAAAUAAAGACGACGACGGAGGAUCCAUCUACUGAGGCCCCAGAGACAACUACUGUAGCUCCUGAGACAACGACGGCUGAGGAUUCCACCACGGCUGAGGAUGAAAUAAAAACGACGACGGAGGAUCCAUCUACUGAGCUUCCAGAGACAACUACUGCAGCUCCUGAGACAACGACGGCUGAGGAUUCCACCACAGCAGAGGAUGAAAUAAAAACGACGACGGAGAAUCCAUCUACUGAGCCUCCAGAGACAACUACUGCAGCUCCAGAGACAACGACGGCUGAGGAUUCCACCACAGCAGAGGAUGAAAUAAAGACGACGACGGAGGAUCCAUCUACUGAGGCCCCAGAGACAACUACUGCAGCUCCAGAGACAACGACGGCUGAGGAUUCCACCACAGCAGAGGAUGAAAUAAAAACGACGACGGAGGAUCCAUCUACUGAGGGCCCAGAGACAACUACUGCAGCUCCUGAGAUAACGACGCCUGAAGAUUCCACCACGGCUGAGGAUGAAAUAAAGACGACGACGGAGGAUCCAUCUACUGAGGCCCCAGAGACAACUACUGCAGCUCCAGAGACAACGACGGCUGAGGAUUCCACCACGGCUGAGGAUGAAAUAAAAACGACGACGGAGGAUUCAUCUACUGAGGCUCCAGUGACAACUACAGCAGCUCCUGAGACAACGACGGCUGAGGAUUCCACCACGGCUGAGGAUGAAAUAAAGACGACGACGGAGAAUCCAUCUACUGAGCCUUCAGAGACAACUACAGCAGCUCCUGAGACAACGACGGCUGAGGAUUCCACCACGGCUGAGGAUGAAAUAAAGACGACGACGGAGAAUCCAUCUACUGAGCCUCCAGAGACACCUACUGCAGCUCCUGAGACAACGACGGCUGAGGAUUCCACCACGGCAGAGGAUGAAAUAAAGACGACGACGGAGGAUCCAUCUACUGAGGCCCCAGAGACAACUACUGCAGCUCCUGAGACAACGACGGCUGAGGAUUCCACCACGGCUGAGGAUGAAAUAAAGACGACGACGGAGGAUCCAUCUACUGAGGCCCCAGAGACACCUACUGCAGCUCCUGAGACAACGACGGCUGAGGAUUCCACCACGGCAGAGGAUGAAAUAAAGACGACGACGGAGGAUCCAUCUACUGAGGCCCCAGAGACAACUACUGCAGCUCCUGAGACAACGACGGCUGAGGAUUCCACCACGGCAGAGGAUGAAAUAAAGACGACGACGGAGGAUCCAUCUACUGAGGCCCCAGAGACACCUACUGCAGCUCCUGAGACAACGACGGCUGAGGAUUCCACCACGGCAGAGGAUGAAAUAAAGACGACGACGGAGGAUUCAUCUACUGAGGGCCCAGAGACAACUACAGCGGCUUCUGAAACAACGACGGCUGAGGAUUCCACCACGGCUGAGGAUGAAAUAAAAACGACGACGGAGGAUCCAUCUACUGAGGCUCCAGUGACAACUACAGCAGCUCCUGAGACAACGACGGCUGAGGAUUCCACCACGGCUGAGGAUGAAAUAAAGACGACGACGGAGGAUCCAUCUACUGAGGCCCCAGAGACAACUACUGCAGCUCCAGAGACAACGACGGCUGAGGAUUCCACCACAGCAGAGGAUGAAAUAAAGACGACGACGGAGGAUCCAUCUACUGAGCUUCCAAAAACAACUACUGCAGCUCCUGAGACAACGACGGCUGAGGAUUCCACCACAGCAGAGGAUGAAAUAAAAACGACGACGGAGGAUUCAUCUACUGAGGCCCCAGAGACAACUACUGCAGCUCCUGAGACAACGACGGCUGAGGAUUCCACCACAGCAGAGGAUGAAAUAAAGACGACGACGGAGGAUUCAUCUACUGAGGGCCCAGAGACAACUACAGCGGCUUCUGAAACAACGACGGCUGAGGAUUCCACCACGGCUGAGGAUGAAAUAAAAACGACGACGGAGGAUCCAUCUACUGAGGCUCCAGUGACAACUACAGCAGCUCCUGAGACAACGACGGCUGAGGAUUCCACCACAGCAGAGGAUGAAAUAAAGACGACGACGGAGGAUUCAUCUACUGAGGGCCCAGAGACAACUACAGCGGCUUCUGAAACAACGACGGCUGAGGAUUCCACCACGGCUGAGGAUGAUCCAUCUACUGAGCUUCCAAAAACAACUACUGCAGCUCCUGAGACAACGACGGCUGAGGAUUCCACCACAGCAGAGGAUGAAAUAAAAACGACGACGGAGGAUCCAUCUACUGAGGCCCCAGAGACAACUACUGCAGCUCCUGAGACAACGACGGCUGAGGAUUCCACCACGGCUGAGGAUGAAAUAAAGACGACGACGGAGGAUCCAUCUACUGAGGCCCCAGAGACAACUACUGCAGCUCCAGAGACAACGACGGCUGAGGAUUCCACCACAGCAGAGGAUGAAAUAAAGACGACGACGGAGGAUCCAUCUACUGAGGCCCCAGAGACAACUACUGCAGCUCCAGAGACAACGACGGCUGAGGAUUCCACCACAGCAGAGGAUGAAAUAAAGACGACGACGGAGGAUCCAUCUACUGAGCCUCCAGAGACAACUACUGCAGCUCCUGAGACAACGACGGCUGAGGAUUCCACCACAGCAGAGGAUGAAAUAAAGACGACGACGGAGGAUUCAUCUACUGAGGGCCCAGAGACAACUACAGCGGCUUCUGAAACAACGACGGCUGAGGAUUCCACCACGGCUGAGGAUGAAAUAAAGACGACGACAGAGAAUCCAUCUACUGAGCCUCCAGAGACACCUACUGCAGCUCCUGAGACAACGACGGCUGAGGAUUCCACCACAGCAGAGGAUGAAAUAAAGACGACGACGGAGGAUUCAUCUACUGAGGGCCCAGAGACAACUACAGCGGCUUCUGAAAUAACGACGGCUGAGGAUUCCACCACGGCUGAGGAUGAAAUAAAAACGACGACGGAGGAUCCAUCUACUGAGGCUCCAGUGACAACUACAGCAGCUCCUGAGACAACGACGGCUGAGGAUUCCACCACGGCUGAGGAUGAUCCAUCUACUGAGCUUCCAGAGACAACUACUGCAGCUCCUGAGACAACGACGGCUGAGGAUUCCACCACGGCUGAGGAUGAAAUAAAGACGACGACGCAGGAUCCAUCUACUGAGGCCCCAGAGACAACUACUGCAGCUCCUGAGACAACGACGGCUGAGGAUUCCACCACAGCAGAGGAUGAAAUAAAGACGACGACGGAGGAUCCAUCUACUGAGGCCCCAGAGACAACUACUGCAGCUCCUGAGACAACGACGGCUGAAGAUUCCACUACAGCAAGGGAUGAAAUAAAGACGACGACGGAGGAUCCAUCUACUGAGGCCCCAGAGACAACUACUGCAGCUCCUGAGAUAACGACGCCUGAAGAUUCCACCACGGCUGAGGAUGAAAUAAAAACGACGACGGAGGAUCCAUCUACUGAGCCUCCAGAGACAACUACUGCAGCUCCAGAGACAACGACGGCUGAGGAUUCCACCACAGCAGAGGAUGAAAUAAAAACGACGACGGAGGAUCCAUCUACUGAGGCUCCAGUGACAACUACAGCAGCUCCUGAGACAACGACGGCUGAGGAUUCCACCACGGCUGAGGAUGAUCCAUCUACUGAGCUUCCAGAGACAACUACUGCAGCUCCUGAGACAACGACGGCUGAGGAUUCCACCACGGCUGAGGAUGAAAUAAAGACGACGACGCAGGAUCCAUCUACUGAGGCCCCAGAGACAACUACUGCAGCUCCUGAGACAACGACGGCUGAGGAUUCCACCACAGCAGAGGAUGAAAUAAAAACGACGACGGAGGAUCCAUCUACUGAGGCCCCAGAGACAACUACUGCAGCUCCAGAGACAACGACGGCUGAAGAUUCCACCACGGCAGAGGAUGAAAUAAAAACGACGACGGAGGAUCCAUCUACUGAGCCUCCAGAGACAACUACUGCAGCUCCAGAGACAACGACGGCUGAGGAUUCCACCACAGCAGAGGAUGAAAUAAAGACGACGACGGAGGAUCCAUCUACUGAGGCCCCAGAGACAACUACUGCAGCUCCUGAGACAACGACGGCUGAAGAUUCCACUACAGCAAGGGAUGAAAUAAAGACGACGACGGAGGAUCCAUCUACUGAGGCCCCAGAGACAACUACUGCAGCUCCUGAGAUAACGACGCCUGAAGAUUCCACCACGGCUGAGGAUGAAAUAAAAACGACGACGGAGGAUCCAUCUACUGAGCCUUCAGAGACAACUACUGCAGCUCCUGAGACAACGACGGCUGAGGAUUCCACCACGGCAGAGGAUGAAAUAAAGACGACGACGGAGGAUCCAUCUACUGAGGUCCCAGAGACAACUACUGCAGCUCCUGAGACAACGACGGCUGAGGAUUCCACCACAGCAGAGGAUGAAAUAAAAACGACGACUAAGGAUCCAUCUACUGAGCCUUCAGAGACAACUACAGCAGCUCCUGAGACAACGACGGCUGAGGAUUCCACCACGGCAGAGGAUGAAAUAAAAACGACGACGGAGGAUUCAUCUACUGAGGGCCCAGAGACAACUACUGCAGCUCCUGAGACAACGACGGCUGAGGAUUCCACCACGGCAGAGGAUGAAAUAAAAACGACGACGGAGAAUCCAUCUACUGAGGCCCCAGAGACAACUACAGCAGCUCCUGAGACAACGACGCCUGAAGAUUCCACUACAGCAGGGGAUGAAAUAAAGACGACGACGGAGGAUCCAUCUACUGAGGCCCCAGAGACAACUACUGCAGCUCCUGAGAUAACGACGCCUGAAGAUUCCACCACGGCUGAGGAUGAAAUAAAAACGACGACGGAGGAUCCAUCUACUGAGCCUUCAGAGACAACUACUGCAGCUCCUGAGACAACGACGGCUGAGGAUUCCACCACGGCAGAGGAUGAAAUAAAGACGACGACGGAGGAUCCAUCUACUGAGGUCCCAGAGACAACUACUGCAGCUCCUGAGACAACGACGGCUGAGGAUUCCACCACGGCAGAGGAUGAAAUAAAAACGACGACGGAGGAUCCAUCUACUGAGGCUCCAGUGACAACUACUGCAGCUCCUGAGAUAACGACGGCUGAGGAUUCCACCACGGCUGAGGAUGAAAUAAAAACGACGACGGAGGAUCCAUCUACUGAGGCUCCAGUGACAACUACUGCAGCUCCUGAGACAACGACGGCUGAGGAUUCCACCACGGCAGAGGAUGAAAUAAAGACGACGACGGAGGAUUCAUCUACUGAGGCCCCAGAGACAACUACAGCAGCUCCUGAGACAACGACGGCUGAGGAUUCCACCACGGCUGAGGAUGAAAUAAAGACGACGACAGAGGAUCCAUCAACUGAGGCUCCAGUGACAUCCACUGCAGCUCCAGAGACAUCUACAGCGGCUCCCGAGACAACGACGGAUGAGGAUUCUACCACGGCUGAGGAUGAUCCAUCUACUGAGCCUUCAGAAGCAACUACUGCAGCUCCUGAGACAACGACGCCUGAAGAUUCCACCACAGCAGAGGAUGAAAUAAAGACGACGACGGAGGAUCAAUCAACUGAGGUUCCAGUGACAACUCCUAAGAUUCCAGAUGAAAGUACCACAGCUUCACAAGAUUCUUCAACUUCUGCUCCAGAGAAAAUGACGACAGAAGAUUCCACCACUGCCAAAGACGGAAGUACGACGACGGAGGAUCCAUCAACUGAAGUUCCUUCGACAACUUCGAUUCCAGAUUCUUCAACAGCACCUCCUGAGACAUCCUCCACAGGUAAACAGGAAAGUACGACACCGACAGCGGAUCCGCCGACGAAAGCGCCAGAGACAACCGUACCAGUGACGUCGACUUCUGUAGCUCCGGAGAGCAGCACUGAAGCGUCAUCCUCGUCGGAAUGGAGUCCAUCUCCGUCCAUAUCGACGAGUACAGCAGCUACUGAGUCGUCUUCUAGCUCUGAAGUAACUUCAUCGUCUGCAACCACUGACUCAACAUUGCCACCUCUUUCUUGUGAUAGCGGACAUCAAUUUCUUCCCCAUCCAACUAAUUGCCACAAAUUCAUUCAGUGUGGAAACGGAAUUGAAUAUAACUUUGAGUGUGCCGGCAAUCUGUAUUGGGACUACAAGGCAAACCGUUGCUCUGAUGACCCAUCCCUCUGUUAUAGUACCGAAGAAAAUGAGAAACCCGAAGAGAAGGUGUGCGGUCCUGGAGUGGACUUUGUGGCUCACCCAACGGACUGUACCAUAUUCUUUCAAUGCAAUAAUGGCGAGCCAGUUGAAAAGAAGUGUCCGGAUAACCUGUAUUGGAACCAAGAUAUAAAGUCAUGUGUUUGGUCGAAUAAGCACUGCAACUAUGAGCGAGCAAGUGAAUCGAUUUCUUGUGCAGCAGGCACGCUUUUCGAUGCUUACCCUGGCGACUGCUCCAAAUAUGUCAAGUGUUUCGGCACGAGGGGAGUUCUGAUGAGCUGUGAUUUAGAUCUUUACUGGAACCCCAUUAAGGCAGUAUGCGAAAAGUCAAAACGAUUCUGUCAAUAAAUGAAGAACCCAUGCAGACAUGACCACAUUCGAUGCUUUAUCACUUGGAGACGGAGACCCAAUAAUAGAGAACCUUGUAUUGUUUUUGUUUUGGUAUUACAAUUUUUCUCAAUUAAUAAAGCGAUGGAAAUUUAACAAGAAAGGCAGCCUGA